UUCGUGCCCCGCGGGGGAACCAGAUGAAGCACAUCUGGACAGCUGCGCUGGGGAACUGUGCGGCCCCCUCGCGGGCCCGACGUCAGCUGGGCACGUCCCCCACGUUCUCUCCUGCUAGCCACUUAUUAUUAUUCCUAUUCCCAAAGAAGCAACCGAGGAUCCAAGCUUAAACUUUUCUCCUCCGCUGAGACGGGGCCAGAUCCCAUCCAGCACACAGUUUAAUUUUCAUGGGGCUCUGGGAUCAAAAGAACAGAAACAGCAACAACAAAAGCCCAGCCGCGGUCUGAUUUAAAACAGGCAAAGUGAGAAAAGUAGUGUUGAGUAAACAGACUAAGUUGGACAUGGGGAGUUUCAAAGGUCAUGCCCUCCCUGGAACCUUCUUCAUUAUCAUGGGUAUUUGGUGGACCAUCAAGUGCAUUCUGAAGUAUGCCUUCAAAAAGCACAAAAGGACUUCCUACCUUGGCUCCAAAGCAUUAUUCCAUCGAAUAGAAAUUUUUGAGGGAAUUGUAUUAAUUGGCAUGGCCAUCACUGGCAUGCUCGGGGAGCAGUUUAUUCCUGGUGGGCCCCACUUAGCCUUAUAUGACUAUAAAGAGGGUCAGUGGGUCGAACUCUUGAGCUGGCAUCAUUUCACCAUGUAUUUCUUCUUUGGGCUGCUGGGUGUGGCGAACAUCUUGUGUUUUAUCAUCAGUUCACUUCCCACCUCCUUAACCAAGUUAAUGUUGUCGAAUGGCUUAUUUGUGGAGGCUUUUGUCUUGUACAAUCACACUCAUGGCCGGGAAAUGCUGGACAUCUUUGUGCACCAGCUGCUGGUCUUGGCCGUCUUUGUGGCAGGCCUGAUUGCCUUCUUGGAGCUCUUCAUACGGACCAAUAUCACUGUGGAACUUCUUCGGACAAGCUUUAUCCUGCUUCAGGGGAGCUGGUUUUGGCAGAUUGGUUUUGUCCUUUAUCCCCCCAGUGGAGCUCCUGCAUGGGAUGCAAUGGAUCAUGACAACAUCAUGUUUCUAACCAUAUGCUUUUGUUGGCAUUAUGCAUUAAACAUUGUUGUUGUUGGAAUGAUUUAUGCCUUUGUCACUUGGCUGACAUCUGGGCCUCAUCUCUUUAGGGGCUGGGAAGCCUCCAAGAAUAAUGGCAACAUUCAAGGAGCCUCUCUAGCUCAUGUCAGCUCCCUUCCAGAGUCAAAAGAAGACUACUGUCUCUUCCUGUUUCAAAAAGCUUCAGACCUCUCUUAUCCACUUACAGUUUUCCAGAAACCAGAAAGUCCAUGUUGACUUCCUCAGCCUUUACCUUUUUGACCACUUAGUCCCCUCUACCCGGCAUAUUCAAAUUAAAUGCUUAUCUCUUCUAUGAAAACUUUGUGACUGUUCUAGACUCAUCUCCCUUCAUGAGUUUUCUAGCACAUUAGUCACUACUACCCUUUUUUGCAAUUGCAAUCUAUCUUUACUGUUAGCUCAUGUCAGCCUUACCUGUUAGCUAGAUUGUAGCACCUUGAGGAAAAUACCCUUUUCAUGUUUUGCACAGAUCUUGGGAUGUUGUCAAAUGGCAUUCCAUUUACUGAGUAGGUACUCAAUAAACAUUUAUGUACUGUUUUAAUA